GCAUCGGUUAGAGGCUGUUGGCGUAAUUGAGAGCGAACAGGCGCCGUCUGUGUGAGAGGGCAGUCGGGACCAUCUGCGGGCGUUGGGCAGGUGGCGUGUCGGUGGGCUCGUGCCGGAAUCCUGGGCGCCCCGUCUCCGCCGGUACCUGGCUGAUCCGGACCGCGCGCCAGCUCGCCAAACACGCAUUUGAACGUGUGUGACGGGAAGCGCCUCUGAGCCGACCCCAGGAGAGAGCAUCUGGACCCAGCUCGGCCAGCGCUGGGCCGAGAGCCGUCCCAUCGAACUGCACCAGGACGUAGUCAGACGCUAGAGCGCCACCGCCGCGGCCAUCCCCAAACCAUGGCCGGCGUGCUGCAGACGUACCUUCCGUUUCUGGCGGCGAACUGGCAGCUGGUGCUGAUGGCACUGCUGGCCGCCGCCGUUCUCCACUUGCUGCUGGAACGAUGUCGCACCGCCUCCAUCCCCGUCCCCGCCCCUCCCGCCGCCGUCGCCGCCGCCGCCGCCGCUGCCACCAUCACCACCGCCGCCACCGCCGCCACUCCCUGGCGCGACGAAGUGGCCCCUGAGGACGACGAUUUGACGCCGCCGCCGGACGUGCUGUUGCCGCGGGUGCCAUUCAGCAUGGAGUCGAUCUCGCCGGAGGAGAUGGUGCGCCGCUCGGAGCAGUUCUACAAGCAGAUGAACGGUCGCCGUUCGGUGCGCGCCUUCAGCAGGGCGCCGGUGCCGCGUCAGGCCGUGGAGAGCGCCAUCCGCGCCGCCGGCACGGCCCCCAGCGGCGCGCACACAGAGCCCUGGACCUUCGUGCUGGUCGAGUCGCCCGAGGUGAAGGCGGCCGUGCGUCGGAUAGUCGAGGAUGAGGAGGAGGUCAACUACCGCAAGCGGAUGGGCCAGAAGUGGGUGGAUGACCUGGCGCCGCUGGGCACCACCUGGCUGAAGGAGUAUUUGACGGACGCGCCGUUCCUGAUCCUCGUAUUCAGGCACGCGUACGGCGUGGACGAGCAGGGCCAGCGCUUCACCACCUACUACAAUGAGAUCAGCUGCAACCUGGCGUGCGGCGUGCUGCUGGCAGCGCUGCACCAGGCCGGCCUAGCCACACUCACGAGCACGCCGCUCAACUGCGGCCCCCGUCUGCGCCAGCUGCUGGAGCGGCCCGCCAACGAGAAGCUGGUGCUGCUGCUGCCCGUCGGCCGGCCGGCAGACGACUGCACGGUUCCCGACCUCACCAGGAGGCCGCUGGAGCGUAUCAUGGUCGUCCUCUGAGCCGACGGCCGGCCUCAGACCGACCGUGUGGAGGUGCCUGCGCUUACGGCGCGGCGCGAGGCCGGUGCACCGCAAACCCAGCUCAACAGCGCGUUCUUGCGGCGCAGGCAGGAAGCGGCAGGAAGCCGGCAGCGCCUGCGGCUGGGUCCCGGAGGGCGGGAGUGCAGCCCAUGGCGCGGCGAUCCGCCUACAAACUUGUCCCGGAGCCUGGAAAUUCGCUGGAGCGGGCGUAGUGGAGCCUAUGGUGCUAAUAUUUACAUUACAUGUCGCAGAGCGCGGGCUGGUCGGCGCUUUGACAGAUGGUGGGCUCUUUUCACUACGCGAGGGGGGGGGGGGUUCCCGUAGCUCGGGUGGCUAGCGUGUGUUGGUUGCUCGGACUAAUCCGUUAAUCGCAGAGGCAUAUCAUAUCAUAUAUGAUAACGUAAACGUCACACGAGGUGCUAGUAGCGGGAUGACUUACAUCGCCGACGUGUGCGGAUCAGUAUUAGGCAGUGGGAACGCUAGAAGGCAAAGUUCAAUCGCAUAUUACGCAAAGACAAGGUCAAGCGGACAGAUAUAAAGCGACUAUCUUGGCCCACUUGGGUUUGUACGUAACGUUACCUCUAUACGAAAAUAAAAAGGAUUUAACAAA